UUCAAACAGAAGACUCCACUCGUGAGUCCGUGACCCCAACUCAAUAUUUCAUCUCUUUCUUUCCUUUUUCUAUAUAGAAAUCAAAAAUUUCAAUGAAAUCUUCUCUGUUGCUUCUACUUAUUCACAGAUUUUUCUUGGAUCUUACUCAUUCACAUGUAGAAUAAUAAUACACUAUUAAUAAAAACCCUGCAUUUCUUACCAAACCCUUACUUUCUGUCUCUACAAUUAACCUUGUCCUCACUCCUCAGGACCUCACAGACAUUGUAAUGGCGGUUAGUCUCAGUAAAUAAGGGAAAGCAUACUUGGAAGGAAUUAUGGAUGGAAAUAAUGAUUCUUCAUGCUUUCAAAUGGUGAAUCCCAGUCUUGAUGAGGAUAAUCGACAUUACUGUAUAGAUGUAUUACCUGUUCUUGAAAAUUCUUCUUUCCCCGCGGUGAUGUUGAACACUAGUUCUCAUGACCAAGACAUCUACAGUGUCUCAGUGGUGCCCAAUGAUGGAAUUACGGUUUCAAAGUGUCCAACAGAACAAGCUUUCAUGAGCUACUUGCAAGUUCCUCAACAGAGCCCGAUGUGUUUGGUUGCAGAGUGGGAUUGCAGGACUUGCAGCAUUUUAGAAUAUUCUGAUUGCAGCUUGGAAGUAGACAUUGAUAACGAAACUACAGAAACACCUAAAACUUAUGAUGGAACUCUUGGGGAGUCGACAGAAAGUGAGGGAGCAUCCGAGAGAGUUUCACGCUGGAUGAAUGGCCUAGAAAUUGGUGGAAAAAUCACACAGGCUCUCAUGAAUCACUUCAGCAUGCAACUGAAGUGCUCCUCGAAAGACAAGUCAAAUCAAGAGAGGGGUCCUGAUACACCUAACAAUAGAUGCGGGAGAUAUAAACGCAGUGCUUCAUUCAACUCGAGAAGAGUUGCUUUUCUUUUCUCAACAUUGUCAAGCAUUGGAACUAUUGUGCUGAUAUAUUUGACGCUCCGAGUGAAGCUGAUAAACGAUGCACUGAUUCAUGAAUAAUGUAUGUUAUUUUGUCGUUUCUCGCUUCGAGCUUUCUCUUUAGUUUUUGAUAUGACUGUCUGUAAUAAAGUUUUCGAUUCCUGUUUUGCUUAUUCCUCAUGUGUACAUAUAUGCUAAACUAUCAGAAUUUCAGAGUUUUCUAUGCAGAGAUCAUAAAUCAAGUAAUACGAAAA